AUGUCCAGUCGAGGGUUCUUUUCCCUGGAAUCCCGGCGUAACCAUGCUAGAACGUUCCCAGGUCAUCAACAAGGGCAGUCGUCAGUCCUUGUUUACCAGAGGGAGAUUCUGUUUUGUGACAGAUUAUGUCAAGACGACGAUACCCGUCGUAUAAAUGAUAUAAGAGAACUACAGAGGGCAAGAGAGAAGAAAAACGGACUUACCGAAAUUGAAUGCGCAGUGGGAAAGGAAAAGGCUGCUGCCCUAGAAGAUGGUAUCCAGAUGGCUGGUGGAACGAUGGCUUUGAGUGGUAAGCAGAAAGCACGGAUAGAAGCUGCUGGAAUUGAGGCUGGAAUCAGGGAACAAUUCGAGAAGGAGACGUUACUUCGUGACGAGCAUGAAGAACUGCGGAAGUUCAUCGACCAGGGGCUUCGUCGUGACAGCGGAACAACCAGUACCGAGCAACAGAAGGAAGAUUCUGAUGUGCUCAUGAGAGCGGCAAGUAAAUUGAAAGGUUAUCGCAGUGAGGCAAGUAAUGAGCUGUUGUCGGAGCAUAUGUUGGCAGGAAUUCCAGAAGUUGACUUGGGUAUAAGUGCAAGGAUAUCAAAUAUUUUGGAAACGGAAAAGAAGAAAAGUGAACUACUAGAGCAAGCGAUGGAAAGAGCACGUAAAGCAGCAUUAUGUCCUCAAAAACCGGCCGACGAGGUAUACGUAACAUUUUUUGUUAAUUAA